AUAACUUCGUUCUAACUGCUCGCUGAAUUCCAAUGUUUUGAUUCUGCAAAAAUGCCGGAAAAAAGGGCAAGGAGAAAGUCAGUCAAGAAGCAGCAGAGGAAGCGACGCCGCCAAAAACAUGCAAAAGAACGCGACAAAUUGGAGGAGGAGGCACAAAAUUUGAGACUUUUGGAGCCGGGUUACCAGAAAUGGCUGCAGAAACAGCAGGAAAUGGAGGAGUUUCAGCGCCUUGUGGCCGAACGGGAGCACCAGGAUGCGGAGGAGUGCUGGCUGCGUUGCGAGGCCAUCGCCCAGCGGCAGUUCCGCAUAGACGAGGCCAAAAGACGCAAGGAGCAGGAGGAAGUGGAGCGACUGCAGCGGGAACAGGCCAAAGAGCGGGCGGAACGGGAGGAAGCACAAAGGAAGCAGCGCGAGGAGGAGCUCCGCAAAGCCGCCAAGGCUGCCGCCGAAUUCGAUGCCAUGAUGGAGAGCAUGGCCGAGUACCUGAACAACCCACGCGUGGAGAAGCCACCAAAGCACCUGCUCCGCGUGAUGGAAACCCAACCGGGGGAACGACCCUGCGAAUUCUUCAGUCGCACCAACUGCUGCCGUUACGGUCAUGCCUGCACCUUCAACCACCGACGGCCCAUGCUGGCCAGGAUCCUGCUCAUUCGGCACUUUUUCAACCACUCCAUGCUGCGGGAACAGCGGACACACAAAGAGUACGCCUCCGCGGAGGAGCACUUGGAGCUGACCGAACAGGAUCUGCGCAGCGACUACGACGAGUUCUUCGACGAUGCCGUCGAGGAACUGAAGAAGUUUGGCCAAAUCGUCAACUUCCGAACUGUGCGCAAUACGCUCGAACAUCUGAGGGGAAAUGUCUUCGUGGAAUACACAAACGAACGAUCUGCCCUUCGCGCUUUUACCAGUCUUCAGGGUCGAUUCUAUGCCUCCAAGCGCCUGAGCGUGGAGUUCUCCAAUCUGAAAACCUGGCGUGGCGCAGUGUGCGGUUUGUCCUUAACACGUAAAUGUCCCAAAGGUAACGGCUGCGGCUAUCUGCAUAUAUUUCGCAAUCCGAACAAUCUGUUCAAUACGGAUCUGGAAAAUACGACGACUCCAAGAAGUGAACGACGCUCUAACCAAACUCCCACGGCCAAGACUCCUAGUUGGGAUGACCACAAUGAGCGUGGUAGGAACUGGCGCUGGUCCGAGAGCCCUGAGAUGGAGCUGGAAAACUCCAAAGACUUAAGCAACAGCAUUAGGAACUCUGGAACAAGACAGGAUCUCAAAAACUCCCAUCAGACGGAGUUCAAUUCCAGAUCGAGAAGUGAUAAAUGGUCAGCCCGAUCGAACCGUGGUAAAUGCUCUAAAAGAGAUCGCAGCUCAUCGGGAUCAUCCCAUGAAGAUCGAAGAUCAAACAGAUAUCAACAAAACCAUCGCCAAUAAAAGCCAAGUAUUCAUUUAAGGUUUGUUUAAUGGGAUCUUUACAAAAUUUAAUUCAAUCUCUUUGUGCGCAAAACAUGAGUGAGUGUCUCAAACAAAAUACUAAAGAGAUUCCGAAUUUCUUGCUAGGAUGGAAAUCAGAGGGACAGAGAUACACUCGCAAUUUAAGAUUGCUUAUAAAUAGUUUCAAGUGCGGUCCGAAAACGACUCAAUUGAUUACAACGGAAUAGAAUUCUACGCGUAAAAUUGGCAGUUUUGAAACGAGAAAAGGGAAAGUGACACUGGGUGCUGGGAUUUGGGGGUUGGGGAUUUGAUGACAGUAUUAUAGGUGGUAAGAUCGGAAAUUUGUAAAUUCUAAAGUCUAUUUGUCUUGCUUUCUUCCGUUUUCGUCGUACACAUACAAACAAAAAUGAUACAAAAA